AUGACUAUACCUCAGAUGAUCGCCGAGAACGAGGUAGAAAACUUUGAGAAUUUCAAAGACUGCUUGUCCAAUACUGUGAUCCAGAAACUCGCCCCGAAUGGGGGCAAACCUGUGAAGAAGAUCAAGGGCAGAAAGAACGAGAUCAAACCUGUCACGAGAGUAGUGGAAAGCAAUGGCGAAGACAGUAACGAUGCAGCCGAUCUCGCAGACUUCAUAGAGUAUCUCGCCGAGGAAAUAUUUCUUAGUCUUCCCUUUGACCUUCGCACGCUCUCGUAUGCUUCGAUACAAGAUGAUAGCAGCCUCGCCGAGAAGUACACGACGCCCCUGGAGAGCCCACUGCUGGAAGCCAUCAUGAAGCCACUGCCGCUGGCAAUAGCAGAUUCUUUAGUAACCUAUUCCCUCAUUGUGGACCCGCUGGAUCUCGACCGCUUUCUCGAGACACCGCUGAAUGCAUACGUCUCCUCCGUCUCUGCUGCUCCGCCAGAGCACACGCCGGCCAUUGCAGCAUCCCGCCCCGACGGCUGUGAAAUCUGCCAGCGGGAGCACUUGCCGCUCACAUACCACCAUCUAAUUCCUCGUGCGGUCCAUGCCAAAGCGGUCAAGCGCGACUGGCACAAGGAGUGGGAGCUCAACAAGGUCGCAUGGCUGUGUCGAGCUUGCCACUCGUAUGUGCACCGGGUUGCGAGUAAUGAGAUGCUGGCCAAGGAGCUGUUCAGUGUGGAGCGAUUGAUGGAGAGGGAUGAUAUCCAGAAGUGGGCACAGUGGGUGGGACGUGUGAGGUGGAAGGCGAGGUGAUGCAGAAUCGUGUGCUGGAAUUCGAAUGUGUGAAUCAUGGCAACGCGUGAGAGGCUUCAUCAGACAGCCCCCGUCACCAACC